GGAUGAAGGCCUUGGCCGGGGCCCUGCCCUCUCUACUGCUGAGAUUGCUGCUCACCUCCACCCCUGAGGCCCUGGGUGCCAACCCCGGCCUGGUUGCCAGGAUCACCGACAAGGGACUAGAGUAUGUGGCCAGUGAGGGAUUGGUGACCCUGCAGGAGGAGCUGCUCAGAAUCACACUGCCUGGCUUCACUGGGAAGUUCAAGAUCAAACCCUUUGGCCGAGGGAGCUAUUUGUUCCACAGCCCGAAGAUCCACAGCUGUAAGCUGCUCAGCUCCGCUCUGACACCCCUUCCCGGCCAGGGCCUGAGCCUCACCAUCUCUGACUCCUUCAUCAGAGCCCAAAGCGAAUGGAAGGCGCGCAAAUUAGUGAAACUACAGGGCUCUCUUGAUGUGGAUGUCAAGGGCAUUACCAUCUCAGUCAACCUUGUCUUGGGCAGCGAGCCCUCUGGGAGGCCCACCAUCAAUGCCUCCAGCUGCAGCAGUCACAUUAAAGAUGUGGAGGUGUACGUGUCGGGAGAUCUGGGAUGGCUGUUGAAUAUCUUCCACGACCAGAUUGAGUCUAAGUUCCGCAGAGUGCUGGAGAGCAAGAUUUGUGAAAUGAUCCAGAAAUCAGUGGCCUCUGACCUCCAGCCAUAUCUCCAAACUCUGCCAGUCACAACAGAGAUCGACAGUUUCGCUGGCGUUGAUUACAGGUUAAUGGAAGCGCCUCGGGCAACAGCCCAAAUGCUGGAGGUGAUGUUUAAGGGUGAGAUUUUUAACCGCGAUCACUAUUCCCCAGUCACCUUCCUUGCUCCCGUCAUGAGCCUUCCUGAGGAACACAGCCGAAUGGUCUACUUUGCCGUCUCUGACUAUGUCUUCAACACAGCCAGCCAGGUCUAUCAUGAGGCAGGGUACCUGAACUUCACCAUCACAGAUGACAUGGUUCCCUUUGGCUCUAGCAUCCGGCUGACCACCAAGUCCUUCCGCCCCUUCGCCCCCCGGUUAGCCAGGCUGUACCCCAACAUGAACUUGGAGCUCCAGGGAGCAAUGGCCUCAGCCCCAUUCCUGAACCUCAGCCCUGGGAAUCUGUCCUUGGCCCCCCAGAUGGAGAUUGAAGGCUUCGUGCUCCUGCCCAGCUCCGUCAGGGAGCCUGUGUUCAGGCUUGGCGUGGCUACUAAUGUGUCUGCCACAUUGACUUUCAACACCAGCAGGAUCACUGGGGCCCUGAAGCCAGGAAAGGUACAAGUAGAACUGAAAGAAUCUAAAGUUGGAGUAUUCAAUGUGGAGCUAUUGGAAGGGCUACUCAAUUACCUCAUUCUUAGCACCCUCUAUCCGAAGGUCAACGAGAAGUUGGCGGAAGGCUUUCCCCUCCCUCUGCUGAAGCACAUUCAGCUCUAUGAGCCCGUUCUCGAAAUCCACAAGGACUUCGUGUUCCUAGGCGCCAAUGUCCAGUACAUGAGAGUCUGAGGGCAAGGAGAGAGGCGGGGGCUUGGCGGCCGCAGCUGGGCCGGCAAGUUGCUUCUGCAGAUGUACAGUGCAUUCCUGGAGAUUCUGAGAAGAUGAAGACUUUUCUGUUCUCAGAUCUGGGGGAGGGGUCUGCCUGGCCUCUGGCCCCACACAGGUGCAGCCACACCUUCUCUGACCCUGGACUUCAGUUCCCCUCCCCCUCACUGGACCAUCUGCCCCCACUGCCCUGUCCCACCUUUAAGGGCAGAUCCCAUCUUUUUUAGCCACCAUCUGGUCCCUGUGCCUGGCAUGUAGUAGGUCCUCAAUAAAUAUUUAUUGAAUAGUUCAGUGAA